AGGAUAGUGUUUUUCGUUCUUUGUUGAAGCGGGUCGGCCGUGGGAUUGGGAUCGGGAGGGGGUUCCCACCCUCGCCCCCUGGGGCAGGGAGCCAGGGACGGAUUAUUCUCUGCGGGGCGACGACAACAGUUUCCUUUCGGGAGGGUCAAUGAAUGUGAAAGCUGAUAUAAAGAACACUACCGAUGAUUCAGAAACCUCGCUACCAAUUACAGUUGAUGCUCUGCUUGCUGGUUGCUACAUUGACCCCACUCCCGCCUCCUCCCGCUGUCACACCCGUCCUGAGCCGGUGAGAAUUAGUGUGACCCGGACUGCGGCAGUCCCGCUCUACCCCGGCUCACCCGGCCCUGUCCAUCUGUAAUGAGUGACCACUCCCACCCCCUCCCGCUGUCAGACCCGUCCUGAGCCGGUGAGAGUUAGUGUGACCCGGACUGCGGCAGUCCCGCUCUACCCCGGCUCACCCGGCCCUGUCCAUCUGUAAUGAGUGACCACUCCCACCUCCUCCCACUGUCAGACCCGUCCUGAGCCGGUGAGAGUUAGUGUGACCCGGACUGCGGCAGUCCCGCUCUACCCCGGCUCACCCGGCCCUGUCCAUCUGUAACGAGCGGCGGACACAUCACAGCCGAGUGGCCUCGGGAGCAGCAGCUCAGACUCAACUCUCCGUACAGAGUGAGCACACCGGGGCAGGACCAUUGUCGGUCACCCGGGAAGUCAGACUGUGAUUUGCUGGGACCACGCUGAACGUCGGCCGGUUACAUCAGAGAACCUGUAACACAGCCUUACUGGGACAGGGUGGUAACAGAACCUGGAGCCGCUGUACACGGGUUGCUACAUUGACCCCACUCCCGCCUCCUCCCGCUGUCAGACCCGUCCUGAGCCGGUGAGAGUUAGUGUGACCCGGACUGCGGCAGUCCCGCUCUACCCCGGCUCACCCGGCCCUGUCCAUCUGUAAUGAGUGACCACUCCCGCCCCCUCCCUCUGUCAGACCCGUCCUGAGCCGGUGAGAGUUAGUGUGACCCGGACUGCUGCAGUCCCGCUCUACCCCGGCUCACCCGGCAUUGUCCAUCUGUAAUGAGUGACCACUCCCACCUCCUCCCGCUGUCAGACCCGUCCUGAGCCGGUGAGAGUUAGUGUGACCCGGACUGCGGCAGUCCCGCUCUACCCCGGCUCACCCGGCCCUGUCCAUCUGUAAUGAGUGACCACUCCCGCCCCCUCCCGCUGUCAGACCCGUCCUGAGCCGGUGAGAGUUAGUGUGACCCGGACUGCGGCAGUCCCGCUCUACCCCGGCUCACCCGGCCCUGUCCAUCUGUAAUGAGUGACCACUCCCACCUCCUCCCGCUGUCAGACCCGUCCUGAGCCGGUGAGAGUUAGUGUGACCCGGACUGCGGCAGUCCCGCUCUACCCUGGCUCACCCGGCCCUGUCCAUCUGUAAUGAGUGACCACUCCCACCUCCUCCCGCUGUCAGACCCGUCCUGAGCCGGUGAGAGUUAGUGUGACCCGGACUGCGGCAGUCCCGCUCUACCCCGGCUCACCCGGCAUUGUCCAUCUGUAAUGAGUGACCACUCCCGCCCCCUCCCGCUGUCAGACCCGUCCUGAGCCGGUGAGAGUUAGUGUGACCCGGACUGCGGCAGUCCCGCUCUACCCCGGCUCACCCGGCCCUGUCCAUCUGUAAUGAGUGACCACUCCCGCCCCCUCCCGCUGUCAGACCCGUCCUGAGCCGGUGAGAGUUAGUGUGACCCGGACUGCGGCAGUCCCGCUGCACCCCGGCUCACCCGGCCCUGUCCAUCUGUAAUGAGCGGCGGACACAUCACAGCCGAGUGUCCUCGGGAGCAGCAGCUCCGACUCAACUCUCCGUACAGGGUGAGCACACCGGUGCAGGAACAUUGUCGGUCACCCGAAUAGUCAGUCUGUGAUUUCCCGGGACCACACUGAACGCCGUCCGGUUACAACAUCAGAGAACCCGUAACACAGCCUCACUGGGACAGGGUGGUAACAGAACCUGAAGCCGCAGUACAAAGGCAGCAAAAACUGAAAACUCCUGUCCACAAAAUGGAUCAAGGUUCGAGCAGUGGAGGAGUUCCAGUGGCGUCAGGAUCGGGAAAGGACACGGAGCAGCAAAAACUGAAAACUCCUGUCCAUAAAAUGGGUCAAGGUUCGAGCAGUGGAGGAGCUCCAGUGACGUCAACACCAGGAAAGGACACGGGUCCGAGCUCAGUGAUCACCAAGCUCCUGGCAAGCUGUGACGAUUCCCAGCUGCUGCGGUUGACGGAUAUCUACCGGGACAGGCUGGAGCAGGCGAUGGAAGGAGGGGUGCACGGAGUGAACCUGGCGUUAAUGGCCAAGAAUCAGUUCAGUGUACAGGAACAUCGGAAAAUCUCCGAUCUCGCUGAUAAGGGAGAGCUGGCGGACAGUUCUAAACUCCUCCUGAGCCUGGUGAUGGAGAAAGGCUCCCGCGCCCGGAGGGUGAUGUGGGAAACCUUUGUGAAAAUCUGGAUUGGUGUUCCAGAGUUGGACAAAAUACUGAAGGAAAUACAGGAAUAUGGUUGUGAUUCUUCCCAUCAACCAAUUUCCGCUCAACUUUUACUAAAGGUUCUCAGCGAGCUGAAAGGUCCGGGCUCAGUGAUCACCAAGCUCCUGGCAAUCUGUGACGAUUCCCAGCUGCUGCAGUUGACGGAUAUCUACCGGGACAGGCUGGAGCAGGCGAUGGAAGGAGGGGUGCACGGAGUGAGCCUGGCGUUAACGGCCGAGAAUCAGUUCAGUGUACAGGAACAUCGGAAAAUCGCUGAUAAGGGAGAGCGGGCGGACAGUUCUAAACUCCUCCUGAGCCUGGUGAUGGAGAAAGGCUCCCGCGCCCGGAGGGUGAUGUGGGAAACCUUUGUGAAAAUGAGGAUUGGUGUUCCAGAGUUGGACAAAAUACUGAAGGAAAUACAGGAAUAUGGUUGUGAUCCUUCCCAUCGACCAAUUCCUGCUCAACAUUUACUAAAGAUUCUCAGUGAGCUGAAAGUGAUCACCAAGCUCCUGGCAAGCUGGGACGAUUCCCAGCUGCUGCAGCUGACGGAUAUCUACCGGGACAGGCUGGAGCAGGCGAUGGAAGGAGGGGUGCACGGAGUGAGCCUGGCGUUAACGGCCGAGAAUCAGUUCAGUGGAGAGGAACAUCGGAAAAUCUCUGAUCUCGCUGAUAAGGGAGAGCGGGCGGACAGUUCUAAACUCCUCCUGAGCCUGGUGAUGGAGAAAGGCUCCCGCGCCCGGAGGGUGAUGUGGGAAACCUUUGUGAAAAUGCGGAUUGGUGUCCCAAAGUUGAACAAAAUACUGAAGGAAUUACAGAUAUAUGGUUGUGAUCCUUCCCAUCGACCAAUUUCCGCUCAACUUUUACUAAAGGUUCUCAGUGAGCUGAAAGAUGUUCAACAGAAACACAAGGAGACUCUGCGGGCACAAACUGAAACACUGAGAGUGAACACGAUCCUGAUGAGGGAGAAGGUGAAGGUUUUCCAGCUGGUUGAUCGAUACGCUGAGCUCACGGUCAUUUCUACUGUUCGAGAUCGGACACUGGUGGAACAUGAGCUACUGGCAAGAGGCAGAGACCACGAGGAGUGGAGAGAAAAACAUCUCUGCGGAGAGCUGGAGCAACUCCAGAUGGAUCAGUUGUUCCAGAGCAGCUUUUCCCAAACUAACUCCAAAUCUGGGAGUUCAGCAGCAGUGGCCGGAGUCCCAGGGAUUGGGAAAACAACAAUGGUACAAAAGAUUGUUUACGACUGGACCACGGGGAAAAUAUACCAACAGUUCCAGUUUGUCUUCAGUUUCAAAUUCCGCGAUUUAAACACCAUUAACUGUAGAAUAAACCUGAAGGAACUGAUUCUGGAUCAGUAUCCUUACUUUGGGAAUAUCCUGAGAGAGGUCUGGAAGAACCCAGAGGGAUCGCUGUUUAUAUUCGAUGGUUUGGAUGAAUUCAAUGACCAAAUUAAUUUUUCUGACAGUCGGAGAGACACGGAAACUCGGUACACAUGCACAGAUCCUGAAUUCAAGUGCAAGGUGUCUGACAUUGUGUACAGUUUAAUCCAGCACAAGCUGCUCCCAGGGUGUUCAGUGCUGGUGACCACCCGUCCCACUGCGUUACAUUUAUUGGAAAAGGCUGAGAUCGGUACCGAAGCUGAAAUCCUGGGAUUUUCAGGUGAGGAACGGAAGGAAUAUUUCAUCAGACAUUUUGAAGAUCAGACGGUGGCGGCAGCUGUUUUCAAACACGUGAAGGAGAAUGAGAUCCUGUACACCAUGAGCUACAACCCCUCCUACUGCUGGAUCCUCGCUCUGACACUGGGCCCCUUCUUCACACAAAGAGUCAGGGACCCGCAGAGAGUUCCCAAGACCAUCACCCAACUGUACUCCUACUAUAUUUACAACAUCCUGAAAAACCACGGCCGUGAGAUUGAGAACCCCCGUGAUGUGUUACUCAGGGUUGGUCAGUUGGCCUUCAGAGGAGUGUCCGAGAAGAAGAUUGUGUUUACAGAUGGAGAUUUGAUCAACUAUAACCUGCAGCCUUCCCAGUUCCUGUCCGGGUUCCUGAUGGAGCUUUUGGAGAGAGAGGAUUCUGCCCGGAGCGUGGUGUACACAUUCCCACACCUCACCAUCCAAGAGUUUGUAGCUGCAGUCGCACAAUUCCUGAUCCCAGAUGGCAGAGAUAUCAUGAAACUCCUCACUGAAGCCCACUGUGGGAAGGAUGGGCGAUUUGAGGUAUUUCUCCGUUUUGUUGCUGGUCUCUCCAACUCAAUGACAGCUCGGGGCCUGGAGGAAUUUCUGGGUCCAUUUCCUCAUCAAACAACCUGCCGGGUGAUUGACUGGGUGAAGGAGGAAGUUAAACGCCAGAGUGGAAACGCAUGGAGUGAAGCUGGUAAAAGGAGCCUCCUGAACACAUUGCACUACCUGUUUGAGUCUCAGAAUCGUGGACUGGCUCAGGCCGCACUGCGAUCUGUGGAAACACUUUCAUUCUGUGGAAUGACACUGACCCCGAUUGACUGCGCGGUCCUGUCUCAUGUCAUCGGACUCUGUGAUACAAUAAAACACCUCGACCUGGAGUACUGCCUCAUUCAAAGUGAAGGAAGCCAGCUACUGGGACCCGGGCUGCACAAGUGCCAGGAUUUGAGACUUGCGGGGAAUGAACUGGGAGAUUCAGGAGUGAAACUGGUUUCUGCGGCUUUGAGGAACCCGGAGUGUAAAAUACGGAAACUGGGGUUGGACAAUAUCGAUCUCACAGUUUCUGGUGCCGAGAAUCUUGCCUCUGCUCUCAAAACAAACCGAUCACUGAUGGAUCUGCACAUGGGUCGUAAUAAACUGGGAGAUUCAGGAGUAAAACAGGUGUUUGUGGCUCUGAGGAACCCGGAGUGUAAAAUACAGAAACGGUCUGUACAAUGUCGGUCUCAGGGAUUCUGGCGCCGAAGAUCUCGCCUUCGCUCUCAUUACAAACUCAUCACUGACGGUGCUGGACCUGGGAUUAAACUCUCUCACAGACAGAUCUGUCCCGGCUCUCCGCCGCGUCAUACUGACCCUCCCGAGUCUGGGGCGGAUCGGGCUGCACUGGAAUCGGUUCAGUCCAACAGGAGAGAGGGAACUGAGAUCCCUGCAGGAACCCAGACCAGGACUGAGAGUGGAGUUGUGAAGAUCUGAAUGUGUGAACAUCCCUGCUCGCUGGAUGAGGACAUGUUGGCCGAUUUCCUGCAAAACACGUUUAAUUUCUAACUGUUCUAACAGAUCCUGGCUUCAGCCGAGCUCUCUGUGAUCUCAGAGGCAGUGCCGCAGUGACAUGAUUCCGUGUCCUAUCUAGUUCAAACAUUCCUUAAUUUACAUUUGUCAUGAUGAAAUCAAUAAACUGCUGUAACUUCCUGCA